UAAAGAUGGACAAGGCGUUUUGUCUAGGCCUACUCGUUCUUCUGACUUCAUUGGUUAACAGCCAACAAAAAACACCAACGGAGAAGAUCCUAUUUCUCCUCGUGGAUGGACUCCGAUGGGACCGUCUUGGGUACGAGAUGCCGGCCCUGGACAAGAUUGCACAGAAUGGGGUCCGCGCUGAAUGGUUGGACGGUGUCUUUGUUACUAAGUCAGCACCCAGCAUGUUCUCCAUCGCUACUGGUCUCUACGUUGAAAGUCACGGUGUUGUCCAUAACUUAGCCUUUGACGCAGCCACACACGAAAUGACAGGUGGAUGGAGCGAAACUAUGAAUUCCACGUGGUGGUUUAACUUUGCCGGUGAGCCGCUCUGGAUCACGGCAAUCACUCAGGGUCUUAGCGCGGGCAGCUUCAUGUAUCCCGGGGGUCAAACGCCGAUCGACGGCAUCCUUCCUAAUUGCUACAUCGGGUACUCCACCAAGGUGUACCAAAACCUCAUAGAUCGCGCAGAAGUGGUCUUUGACUGGCUCUAUGAAGAUAACUUGGAUGUUGUUUUCUUGUACGUCGGGAAGCUCGACGAUGCUCUCCACUAUACGGGUUUCAGUGAAGAAACGGAAAGGGUGGCUGGUGAAGUCAACGAACUUAUAAGUUAUAUUCUAGCCAAGAUAGCGGUAGAUUCAAAUGUUGGAGACAAUUUAAACUUCAUUGUAGCGAGUGAUCAUGGAAUGGCUAAGAUCUCCGGCGAUAAGGCACUUUCUUUGUUUGAUUACAUCGACGAAUCGAAAGUGGGUAUGCUCGUUUCCGACGGUGGGUCAAUAUUUCAGAUUCAACCUGUACAGGGCGCACUUGAGGAGGUGUACAGCACCCUGUCACGUGCCCAUCCAUCGAUCAACAUCUUUAAGAAAGAAGAGUUUCCUUCAAGAUUUCACUACGGUAACAACCCACGAAAUCUGGCUCUGAUUGGGUACAUGGACAUAGGAUGGACUAUGUUUCCGAGAGUUGACAAUGUGUCAGCAGCAGGUCAUGGUUACGACAAUGACGACAUGACAAUGAAGUCUUUGUUCUACGCUCAGGGACCUAGCUUCAGACAUGGAUACCUCGCCAAUCAUUUUGAAUCGGUGAAUAUUUACUCUUUAAUGUGUGAGAUUCUUGGCGUUGUGCCAGCGCCGAACAAUGGCUCAAGAAACACCUACAAAGAUAUGUUGGUAUCUGAACAUCCUACGAGAGUCACGGUCACAUGUGGUGCUACUGCCCUCAACGGCUGCUACACGGCCUUCAUCUACAUGGGAACCAUUUUUGCAAAAUUCUUUGUUCUUCAAUUGUAAGAGUUACAACGGACAACGAGAUUAGUUACUCCAACUUUGUUUUCUUCAUUUCCUGUGUUAAAAUCGAGGGUUUUUUUCUUCUAAAAGUGCUUUGUUAAAACCAUUUUUGUAGUUUUGAUUCCAUUUGAUACAAUAGUAUCAUUGUAAACGUGCAGUGACAUUAGCUUUCCAUGUGCUCAAACAGUACACUGCUGUCACGUC